AUGGCGGAAGGCGCUGCUGCUUUCGCCAUCGCCGGCAACGUCCUACAAUUCGUGGAAUUUGCGACCAAGUUUGGGAACAAAUGCCGCGAGAUCCAUCGUGCGGGCGGGAGCGCGCCUGGUGACUUGCAGAGUCUUCGCUAUCUUGUGGAAAGCCAACAGGCUGCUUUGGAGCGGCUGCAAAUCCCCGAAUCUGAACGGUCACUGCUGUUACUACAGCACCCAGAGGUCACAGAGGUUGCAAACGCAUGCACCAGACACUUUGCAGAAAUCAAAAACUCCCUGGAUCGAAUCGGCAUAACAGAUAAUAAGACAGCGCGCGGUGUUGUUGUCAACGCAUUUAAGGCAACAUGGAAUCGGGACAAGAUUGAGAGUUUGAGGAGCGAGGUUGCGUCUUUGAACCAGAAUUUGAACACCGCACUCCUGAACUCACUGAGGGACUACGCGACGAAGUCAGAAGGGCAACAAAUUGCCAUUCUCGAGAGGCUUGACAUCAUCCAAGAGGAAAGCACCGGGGCCUUCAAAAGCACCUCGCUCAAUGAAGGCGAGGACACUGCAUGGUAUGCACCAGGCGAUGCGGUUAUCGCUUUUAUCGUUCGUUCUCUCGACGCUGAACCAGAAGAGCGACAAAAGAGCGCAGUGGAGUUGCGACGUGGAGUGCUUCAGCGAAUCCAUUUGACAACAGCCAGUGUGAACUACGACGGAGACGGAGACCGUCCACCAAUCACCUUAUCUCGUAAUCGAGAAAUGCGACUUCGGGCUGUAUUUUUGGCAAGCUUCGCUUACAAGGUCAUGGAUGAUCGGCACUCGAGAAUCAUUGAAGCCCACCAAGAGACGUUCCGCUGGAUAUUUGAGCACCCUUCAGCAGGUUCCGAAAAGUGGUCAAACUUCAAAGAUUGGCUCAAGUCCGAUAGUAAGCUUUAUUGGAUCACAGGGAAAGCCGGUUCAGGCAAGUCUACCCUGAUGAAGUUCAUCUGUAGUCCGGUAUCGGAAUACCAUUCUCAAAAUACGACGGAUACUCCCGUUUCACGUGGUGCUCGGUUCGAGCGAUGCCGCAACGAUUUAAUGGAGUGGGCUGGAAGCCGACCCCUGAUCAUCGCAUCUUUCUACUUUUGGGCAUCUGGAAAUGAGCUGGAAGCGUCGCCUAAAGGCCUCUACAUGUCGCUUAUCUUCCAAAUCCUUCAACAUUGCCCUGAGAUCAUACCUCGAGUGGCGCCUGUCACUUGGGAAGCAAUGUCUCUAUUCAAUGAAAAGCCCUCCCGUCUGACAGAGGCCGAACUGGAAGCAAUGAUAAGACUUGUGGUCACAGAAGCCCAGAAAGAACGAAACCUCUGUCUUUUCAUUGACGGGCUCGAUGAGUUUUCUGGAGACCUGGAGAAACUCAUCGCGUUGAUCGAGGUCUUCUUACAAUGCCCCAAUGUCAAGGUGUGCGUUUCUAGUCGCCCAUGGGUUGUCUUUGAGGAAGCCUUCCAGCAUAGGCCUAGUUUGAAGCUCGAAGACUUGACUUACAAUGACAUCAGAAAGUUCAUUGCGAAGAGAUUCUCUGAGGAAGAAGGGUUUAGGCGAUUAUCUAUAAGGGAACCUGAGUACGCCGAACAAUUAGAAGACAACAUCGCUACCAAAGCGGUCGGGGUUUUCCUAUGGGUUAGUCUUGUCGUCAAAUCUCUUCUGUCCGGAAUGGAAAAUGACGACAGAGUCUCCGACAUGCAAAGAAGACUCGAUCUACUUCCCCCGGAGUUGGAAAACCUCUACAACGCGAUUCUGAACUCCCUAGAUCCAUUCUACUUCCAGCAUGCAGCACAAUACUUCCGACUCUUGGAAGCUUGGAAAAUAUCGCCUCCCGUUAUUCUCUUCGGCUUUGCAGAUGAAGAAAUUGAGAACCUGACCAAACUACCGAUUCGGGAGUACUCAAAGGCUGAGCUGCGCGAGCGAACCGAGACAAUGAGGCGUAGAAUCAACAGUCGUUGUCUAGGACUCCUUGAGGUGGCGGUGCCGCCAUCUUCAAGCUAUGGAUCAGUACAAUAUCUCCAUAAAACUGUCAGGGACUUCACUCUCCGCCCAAAGGUCAAUACGAAGAUUAGAGACGCAACGUCAGGUUUUGACUGCCAUAUCCGCAUGUGCUUUGCAUAUUUGUUGGGAUUUCAGAAUAGCCGGAUUGAAGACAGGAAUGAAUCUCUCCAAGACGACAAAUACCUGGAAUUGUUGAAGGAGCACAGACUUCAGGCCAUGAGAGUCUUCGUCUCACGCUGUUUGAAAGCAGCCUCGGAAGUUAAGCCAGAGAACGUGCAGAUUAUGAUCAACUUGCUCGACUCUCUGUGUGAAGCAUCUACACGAGUGUUCGGCAGCGACGAAGUCGUUCGCGCAAAUUUCUUACGUUCGGUCAAAGACACAGACUUUCCUUUGAACGAGAAACACGAAAAUGCCAAGGGAUCUAGCUUCCUAUCACUUACGGUACGGCUCGGAGUAAGGGAAUAUGUCAAGAACAAGAUGCACUUUGGAUGCCUCGAACCUCGCCUUUCUGAGGAGCCCAUUGACAGCUUCGGCAGGUUCAAAUUAUCGCGAAUCAAAAAUCUCCUGCGUGGCUCCAAGAGCAGAAACACGAUUUAUCCGUCAACCGAUGAACAUCACUUGCACUGGCCUCUCCUUAUGGAUGCAUUGUACAGAAAUUCGAUCAGCGAGAUCAGAUUGGACAUGGUCAGGCUUUGCCUGGAAAACGGAGCGGACCCUAACUUUCAGCUCCGGAGUGACGGCUCGACCAUUUGGUCACGUUGGGUCGACCGCUUGCUCAUCGCCGGAUAUGGGAGCGAAAAUCAAACACGAGCAAAGAAUCUGGAAAUUUUGAGGCCAUAUUGGCCAAUCACGAAAUUACUAUCAGAUCAUGGUGCCACAUUAACACUACGGUCUAUUACAAAAUCAAGCGCUGACCCUUCAUAUGGGAAACUUCUGUACGAGAUUGUGUCAAGGCGAGAGGUAUGA